AUGUCCGCCAUGCCCACUGCCCCCAUAAUGCUUGGGCAACUGUCGCCGUCUCAAAGGAGAAGUCUGGAAAACAUGCACGGUCACAACGGAGGCGCUAGUGGAAGCAACAGUGUGGUGGUAUCGCCUCAAACAACUUCGUUUUCACGAUUCCAGGACAUUGAAGUUCCCCUCGGAGGCACGACCGAGCUGAAUGAUGAUGCAAAAGAAAAGUCUCUGCGCCGGAGGUCCUUGCUUGACGAACGUGCAGCACGUCGGCGUUCUUUGCUCUCGUCAUACGCAUCGCCUGGAAAUGACGAAGGAGACAGGCGGAGAAGUUCAAAUAACAGCAGCAACCUCGCCAGCCCCAGCAGCAAGUUGCGACCUAGUGGACCAAGUAGUCUUCUGGGAGUCGUAGACGCACAUCAAACGCCCCUACCAUCGCUCCUGAAAGUUUCCGCAGACAGUUUUGAACAAUGGCUGAAACUGGCGACUGACAAUAAAAUCAAUGCGAACAACAGCUGGAACUUUGCGCUCAUCGACUAUUUCCAUGAGAUGUCGCUUUUGCGAGAGGGUGACUCUAUUAACUUUCAAAAGGCAUCAUGCACAUUGGACGGGUGCGUCAAGAUUUACACCUCUCGCGUAGAUUCUGUGGCCACAGAAACAACAAAGCUGCUCGGCGGUCUUGCUACGAGUUCAAAGGCGCCCGAGGGAGGCAGCGCUGGAGAUCAAGACGACGAUGACGAGGAAAACGACAAGCCGAUCAAGAAGAAGGCGAGUUGCGGAGGGCAUUCAUCCCGCAGUGGCAACACUCUUGCAAAAGACUUUAGUGCACUCUCGCUUGAAAAAUUCAAUCUCGAAUUUUCAGUCGACCCUCUUUUCAAAAAGACCUCUGCUGACUUUGAUGAGGGCGGUGCACGAGGACUUUUAUUGAACCAUCUCAAUGUCGACGCAGAGGGAAAAAUUAUUUUCGACGCCAGCGAUGCUCGCGACGAAGGCGACGAUGACGAUGACGAGGAAGAGGAAGAAGAAGAGGAGGAGCUCGCCACUGAGGAACCAGAGGCCGAGGAGGAAAAGCCCCAAAAAUCCAAGAGAAAGAAGGAAGUCGAGGCAGCCAUGAUUGACAUCCAGAAACUUCGAUCCAAGUUUUUGUCCUCGUUGAAUCAAAUUUUUGACAAAGAUAUUUGCCCGUCGCUGAAGGACUUUCAGUUGACUGGAACAUCAGAAAUGGACUUUUCGUUCUUGAAGCGCUUUCAUGGUGACGAGGACGAGGACGAUACACACAAUGAUAACGAUGAUCACCACGAGACACUCAGUCAAGCAAACGAUUUUGGUGACUACGAUGACGACAACGAUUUUGGACAACCAGACCUCUACGAUGGGCAGGAUAGUCAGGAUAAUGCCAUGUUGGUCGAAGGAGUCAAGGAGGAGCAGGAGGAUAAGCAAAUUGCGGAUGCAUUCGGAGACUUAGAUGAGCAGAUCGCAAUGCAGCGGGUUGCGCCCGGUGUCGACAACUUUGUGGUGGACUCUGAAGAAAUUCUGGUCAAGGGACAUCCGGACAUGUACUCAUACUUUGACUCGGCUCUCCUGCGCAAUUGGGCAGGUCCUGAGCAUUGGAAACUAAGACGCAUUCCUAAGGAGAAAACUGUGCCUGCUGUCGCUGUCACUGCCGAUGCAGCUACGCCUGCAGAGGAGGAAGCUACUGGAGGUCCUAAGAAGCGGUCAGGAAAGGUCCCCUUAGUUAUUAAUUUCCUAGAUGUUGCCGAAAUCGAUGAGGAUGAGCUCUUUGCGCCCGCUGAAAAAUCAUCAUUGUUGUUCACAGCCGCAAACGAGGCAGAGAACAGGAAAUCGAAACACCUUCUUCCAGAUGAUGUCCACUUUUCAUCCAAGCAGCUCCUGCGCAUGUUCAUGAAACCGUCCUUCAUCAUCAAAUCCAAGAACAGACGGCAUCAACCCGGAUAUCUCCAGCAGGGAACAGAGGACGCACCAUUCAACCUUACGUUUCCUGAUGAAGGAUUCUGGGCAUCACAUACGAACAACGUGGAUGAGGGAGAUGUUGUAGCCUUGACUGACCAACUGGACCAGACACAGAUCUAUAACGACUACAUUGAAGAUGAUGAGGAUGACUACGGCGAUCAAGAGCAGGGCUUCUUUGCUAAUGUAGGAGGUGACAAUAUCGGUAUUGGGUCGCUUAGUGGCCUUGGUCUCGGUCUUGAUGGCGACGGAAAUGAUUAUGCAAGCCAGCUAGUCUCGCAACCAAAGCGUGUAAAGGCCACGUUUAUCAGCUUCUCCAAGACGGCCAAGAAGGUGGACGUUAAGAAGCUGAAGGAUAACAUCUGGAAGGAGAUGACGCAGCAGUCGUUGAAGCGUCAAGCAGCAGGAGAUGACCCGGAUCGGUCAAGGAGCAAGAAGCGGGCUAACCUGGAGGAUGGCGAGGACGGGGAGCAAGUCAAUGUAGAGAGUGGGGCGGAGGAAGAGGAGGGGGAGGAGUAUGUGAAGAAGGAACAAAAGUUCACAGAGAUCAUUGGCGGACUCAACAAGGUGUAUCCUGAACAAAAGCUGAAGGAUAUCUCUGUGCCGUUCUGCUUCAUUUGUCUGCUGCAUCUUGCAAACGAGAAGAACUUGUCGAUCGAGGGGACCGAGAGUCUCUCCGAGCUGGUGAUCCGACAACCAUGA